CGUCCCGCUGCUGCUGCGUGGAGGCUGCCGGUGCCACGGUACCCGCGGGGAGGGCAGCGCAGAGCAGCUGGGCCGCCCCACGCCCGCUGGGGCCUCGGCUCAAGCGGCUCCGGGCACCGCAGCGGCCGCGAGCCGCCCGCUCCGGGAGGCGCGGCUGUUAACGGCAGCGCCGGGGCCUUGAGGCGGGGCGGUGCCGCGGCAGAAGCACGCCCGACCGCCCCGUCGCAGCGAUCCCGUGAGAGCAGUCGGGGACUGCGGGUAGAGGGAUUUGAGAAAGGGGAAGGCGGGCUAGGGCGUGUGAGGGAAGGGCAGCCGGCGGGGAGCUGGGGCGAGGAAGGGCCGCUCUGUCGCGCCGAGCGGUCUGUGCCGGCCCCGCCCCUUCUAGGCCCGUCCCCGGCUGGUGCGCGUCAGCUGGGCGCGAGGCGGAGCUGAGGAGCGCGGCGCGUGCCGGGAACGUGCCGGGGGCCGAGGCGGCUGCGAGGACCGAUGGAUGCCGAGGGCGCGGCCACUGAUCAGAUGCAAACAGAAGCUUUACCUUCAUGUCCCAACACUAUGUCACCGGUGAGGUUAAAUAAUCGGAUCAGUUCUCCAAGGUCUGGAGCAGUUAUUCCAAAUCGUGUCUUUGUUGGAGGAAUCGAUUUUAAGGCUAAUGAAAAGGACCUGAAGAAUUUUUUUGCUCAGUAUGGCAGUGUGACAGAAGUGAAGAUAAUAAAUGACAGAGCUGGAGUAUCGAAGGGGUAUGGCUUUGUUACAUUUGAAACCCAAGAAGAGGCUCAGAAGAUUUUACAAGAUGCUAAAAACCUCAACUAUAAGAAUAAGAAAUUGAAUAUUGCACCAGCAGUAAGAAAACAAGCGUGGAGUCCUAAUUCUCGUUCUUCUGUGGCACCACAAGCUGGUACAAUGUAUGCAACUACUGCUGUAUCACCAGAAGCUGGUACAAUGUACUUGACCACUUCGAGUGGCUAUCCAUAUGUUUACCAUAAUGGAGUGGCUUAUUUUCAUACAUCUGAAGGCUCUCCUGUUCAGCAGCCAUGGCCAUCUUGCUCUGUUUCCAGUUCACCUGUGAUGGUUGCUCCACCUGUUUAUCAGUCUCCUACGUACCAUUAUCAGGCACCAAUACAGUGUCUUUCAAGUCAGUGGCAGUGGUCUGUUACACAGUCUCCUACCUCUUCACCUCCACUCCUGUAUCUGCGACCAUCUGAAGUCUUGUAUCAGCCAAUAGGAAUUAACCAGGAAGGUGGAUGUAUAUCUCCACCUCUCCUAAUGGAAGCUGCAGUUCCUGAGCUGUAUCCUGAUCAUGGAGUUCAAACACUACAUUAUCAGCCCUAUGUCCAGAGUCAAAUAGCCGUGUCUGCACCUUCCUUCCUGUGUGGCCGAGAUCCAUCAUCUCCAUAACAGCUAGCAGCUGCCAGUUGUGGCAUUUGGGAAUUGAGGUCGCAUUCUGUGAGAAGACAUGUUCUGCAUCAUUCGUCUGUGAGUCUGAAACUUCAGUCUGCAUGAAGUCAUCAGUUUCAUCCAAAAAAAAUUACAGAAUGGAAGAUAAAACUUUACCUUCUACAGAUGCUGUAAAAUGCUGGGGUUUUUAGCCAUGUAUUUUGCUAAGACACCUAUCACAGUGAGAGUGUGUUCUUCCUAACUUCUGAUGUUUCCUUGCAGGUUCCCCAGUUAAAAUACCACUACUUUUUUCAAGCAAUAACAUGAAAUUUCGUAUUUUGGUCAGGUAAAACCACAUGAAAUUAUAAUUUUAUCCCUGCACUUCCUUUCUUAAUAGAAAUCCUGUUACAGGACCGAGAGGGUGAUUUCUGAAACACAGUCUGCUGUAUGUAUUCCAGUUACUAACCCAGACUGAAAGCCAGUGUACUUCUACUAAAAAGAUAAUGUCAUUUUUAAUUUCUGGGUUACAUACACUUGAAAGAUACAUUAGUUAGAAAGUUGAAGCCAUUUUGCCACAUACAGCAUUUUUGUACUGUGGAUAAAAUCUUGUUAUUUAAAUCUAUGUGAGUUUCAUUUCCAUUCCAAAACAAUUUGUGUAGCUUAAUUUUUCUUGCUAUCAGUAUUCUCUACUUUUAUAUGGUAUUUUACUUGUGUGACAUUUUAGUGUUCGCAGUAAUAACUUUUUAAAAUAAAAUUUGGACCCCUAGUUUAAUAAUGAUUUGUUCUCAUUCUAGUAUUUUUCUUCCAUAUGUAUUUGGUUUUAUAGUAUGUUUUUAGCUAGAGAAAAAGGAAUUAAUUGACUACUUGAAUUAGAAAUAGCAAUGAAAAGUUCUUUGCUUCUUUGAGGUCUUCUGUUGUCUGUAUGAAAAUAAGGAACUCCCUGGCAGUAUCACAAAUUGAGAUGAAAGACUAUUUUUAACUUGAUUUCAAGAAAAUAAUUUUAUUAUUUGGUUAUUGUGUGUUGUUUGGUUUUUGCUUCUCCCCUCACCUCCUGGAGUUCCUUCUAUUCAUUACAAAAUCACAUUCCCCAAAGGUUGAAAAUACAGCUUAUGUAUUUACAGGAGUGCAAGGUAUGGCUUAUUGCUUCUGUAGCACUGAAGCUUUUUUUUUUUUUUUAUCUAAUAUAUCCUUGAGUUAGUCAAUUUUAUCUGUUUUGUAGUAAUUUGGGGAUUUUCUUUUUGUGUGGGUUUGUUUUGUUGGUACUUUCUUCCUUUUAAUCUUUCAGAGAUCUUGCCAAAUGGACAUUGUAGUCAGUGAAUAAUCCAUGUAUGAUAUAUAAAUAUCUUUAAAGAUUCUUCUAGUGUUCAGUAGUGCUUUGCAGUGCUGUCCAGGAAGAGAGUUGGAGCCCAGUUCUAGUUUUAUAUUGUUUGAAAUUGUUAAGAAAGGAGAUGCCAUGUAUUAAGUCUUGGUUGCAAGUUUCCUCAUGUGACUGACUUUGCACCUUCUGCUAGGUAGAAAAAUCUACACAAAUAUAAUUUUAAUAGUUUCUAUUUUUAACAAUUUAUUGCUGUAGCAGCUGUAGUGGAUUGUUUUGCCACUAAGUGUCAAAAGAAGUAUACAAUUUUUUUGACACGUAGAGUUCAGCCUGUUUUUGAAGGGGGAAGUAUUCAUUUGCUUUAAUUUCUCAUGUUUCUGAGGAAGUCUGUACCACUAAACAUGUUUGUCCAGUUCUGUUUAAUUUUCACAUUUUGGAACUUAUCAAUACAAAUUUAUCAUAAAAAUCUUGGCUCAUCAAAGCCAUAAUUUAUUUCCAUGGAAGAAUUUUUACAUAGUAGGUAUUUUUUAAGGAAGUUUUGUCUCUGUAGGUGCCAAAGAAAGAUUGUGUUUGGGUAGAGCCUUAUUUCUUGUAUCAGAAAACACACAUUUGACCCAGGAUUCUGGAGUUUUAGUCCCAAGCCCAUAUUUUUGGAAUCUGCACUCUGUUUACCAAAUGUGAAUUGCCUGUUUUUAAUAAUGCUUCAGAGAUUGAAGAAGUUAAUUUUACAGUCAGUACUAUCUUAAAAGAAGAGUGCUUAGAGCAGUCACGUGACAUCACAUUGUGGCUCUAUUCCAGACACCCACAAAAGUAGUUUAUUUUCUCUCAAUUGGUGCAGAUGUUAGAUUGUUGAUAAUGAGUUGAUCCCAUGGCCUUUCUUCAGAGAUCACUCACUUUAUUUUUACAUUUGUGUGAACUUGAUUGUUUGUAAGGAUACUCAGUGUCAGGCACUUAACUAUCCCUGCAGUGUUCCCCUGUGGGGUGUGUAACAUCACUCUGGAGACACUGUUAGUUAGGAUUGUGUCUUCCAAGUCUUAACAAAGCCUUGUUUUGAUUUGAGAGACAGAGAAGAAACCAAGUAGCUCUGAAUAAUGGUUUUCCUCUAGGAACUGGCAGUCACUGUUCAAAUACUGAGGCCUUUUCAUUUAUAUUGUGGCUCAUCUUUGUUCAGAGUGCUUGCCAAGAGUGAUGGCAUGACAUCAGACAGCAGUGACUGAACCAACCUGUCAGGAGUUGAAUCUCUCUGUAGGCAUGGUUGAGAUGUAACUGACCUGUGUGAAUCCCUGUAGUUGAAUUAAAUGUGGGCUAGGGGCAAACUACAUUUCCUCAGUGCCUACAGUUGUACUGUUUUGAUGUUCUGGCAUUUAUGACUUCUUGUUCCUUUACACUGCACAAUCCUGUUCUGCUAGUUAAGCUUUCUGGAAUGUGGAGAUUCCCAUACUGCUAAAUAAAAGUCAUUUAGUUAACCAUAGAUCCUCAGAUGAGGAUUUUGGGAGUCAUGUUCUCUUUGGCCUUCUGCAGUUUCCUGCUGAUAAUAUUGAGGCUCCACACUGGUGCUAGGAGGGAAUGUAUCCCCACGUGCUCUGUGGGCAUGCAGUAACUGAUAGAAAAUGACCUUUAUGCAUUGGCUCUCACAUUCCUAUAUUAGCAAACUAAGUUAAUUUUCUGGCUUCCACCCUUUGGAAUGUAGGAGAAUUGGUUGGUGUCUUCUGCUGGAAGCUGGUUGGUUUUCUACUGAGCUUGCUGUUACACUGUUUCUAGUAACUGCUGUCUGCUUAAUGUUCCAUUUCCAUUGCAGAAGGUUAGUUCUAUCAUUCUCUAUUAACACUGGAUAAAAACUUGGACAGGUAAAAAGUUACUGAAGUUGUCUCUCGGGUAUUUUUGUGUAUCUGGUUGGUUUUUUUGGUAAAAUGUAGAAUUCUCUGGUUCAUUUGUAUUUUUGGUUUCUGCUUCAGAUCUUAUGCAACAGAAUUUAUUGUCUCUGAAAAGCUGUUUGCAGUUUUCAUUUCAAACUGGCAUUUCUUUAUAUUCAGGUGCUCAUUUUCCAAAAUAGUUAAGAAGUCAUUGAGUAAACUGCAUUCCAGUAGUAACUAGCAGAACACAUGGCUCUCGUAAAAAGUUUUUCUCUGUUUAACAUCGUCAUAAAAUAUGAAAAGUUGUACGUCUGCAAAAUACUGUUGUUUUUUUUUUUUUUGUAAAAUAGGUUUGUGCCUUUGCAAUGCUGAUGUACUAUAGUAGGUUCACUUUACCUGCUAUAAAAACUUCUUAAGUUUCCUAUUGAAAUAAAAAUAUUCAGCUUAAGUCCUUAUUUUAAGGAUCCAGAGUACAGUGCCAUGUGUGCAGUCCUGCACACUAAUCCUUAUAUAGCUGUUAUAGCUGAAAAUACAGAUUGAGCCCAUCCAGUUUCUUUCCAGAAUUCAUGGGUUUAGUUUGUGGCUAACAUAUGGCUCCAGUUUUUGAUGCUGUAUUGGAUAUACAGUUGAUACACUUGCUACUGCCUUGAUGAGUGAGACACUGUGAAUUCACAGAGAGAAAAGUUUAAUAUAUAUGCAGAUCUCAUUUUAGAGAACUGUUAACAGUUUUAGAAAUUAAAAGCUCUUUCUAUUGAAACUGCUUGUAAUACAGCAAUAAUAAACAAGCUUCUGUAGUUUUGGAUUUCUAGUAAAGUUCUGAGUUUCUGGUCUAUGUUUACUAUUUGGAUUGUAAGUUUUGUUUAUUGUAGUAUCAGAGUUUUAAUAUGGUUUUAAAAAAAACAUGAAAAAAUGUAAUUUAACUUUGAUCAUUAAACUAUGUUUUAAUGACCGCAAAAGC